AUGUAUUCUGCUACGCCGUUCAUGACACCGCGUGCUUCGUUGCCGGUAAUCGAUGUCUCGCCAUUGUUUGGGGGCGCGGAGCAGGAGAUCAUGAAGGUUGCCAAGCAGUUGGAUCACGCGUGCCGCACUUCAGGAUUCCUCUAUGUCGUUGGUCACCCUAUUAAACAAGAGCAGAUCGAUAGGGUAUUGCAAAUUUCGAAAACUUUCUUUUCCCUUCCAAUGGAAGAGAAGAUGAAAAUUGAUGUCAAGAAGGGUUUCCUAAAAUACAGAGGAUAUGUCCCCUUCGGAGCUGAGGAACCAGAGCAUGCCAAAACCUACUCAUAUGAGGCGUUCAACAUGGGAUAUCACCUGCCCCUACACCAUCCUGAAGUCAUGGCACGGGCCCCCCUACGCGGACCAAAUGUGCACCCCACACAAGUUCCGGAGUGGGUAGACAUCAUGGAAACCUAUUUCCGCGAUAUGUGGGCAUUCAUGCUCGUUCUACUUCGUGCCAUGGCGCGAGGUAUUGGAAUACGUGAAGAUUUCUUCGACGACAAGUUCAGCGUACCACAAUGUGAGCUAACUGUCAAGCAUUAUCCCGAACCAAAAACACACGCGAAUGGUAACACUCUGCGGAUGGAGCACUCUGAUUACGGGAUUAUCACUAUUCUCUACCAAGAUUCCACGGGAGGAUUGCAGGUCCGUAAUCCUGACGACAAACUCGUUGAUGUUCCACCCAUUGAAGGAAGCUUUGUCGUCAACAUUGGGGAUAUGAUGGAGAUGUGGACUAAUGGGCGGUAUCGUUCAACCAAGCACUGCGUUGUGUCCAGAGGAAAGGAACGGUACUCCAUACCUUUCUUCUGUAACCCGAAUCCGAACGCUUUGGUUAAAUGUCUCGACAAUUGCUACUCGGACACUAAUCCACCGAAAUACCCACCAGUCAAAGCUUCUGACUGGUUGCUGAAAAGAUUGGCGGAUCUCUAUUCUUACAAAUCGAAAAUGUAA